UGUGGGUGUGUGUGGGUGUGUGUGUUUUGCCUCCCAGGGUCACACCUGUAGGGCGGUGCCAGCAGGGGGGAGGAUGUCAUUCUCUCUCACUCUCUCUCUCUUUCUCUCUCUGGCAGGUCAGGUCUCUGUAGUCUGAAACGUGAACCACAAUGGCUGAGUGUUAGAGCACCAUGGCGGGGCAGAGGACUUACAAGGCUGACCGGAGACUAGGAAUGCGUAAAGUCCUGAGAGAAGAGUCCAGAGAGAACCUGAUCACAGGGGGAACUCAGAGCUGCUCUCUGUAGUCUGGUCUAGGAGAGGAGCUGUCCUGGUUUGGAGACUUGUUCUCUCUUUAAAAGUUUUAGUUUGUUGAAGUUCUGGGCUCACGUCAUGGCUCUGUCCCAGAUCCAGUGCCUGGACGAUAACCACGUGAACCCGAGGACGCACGAGUCCAAACCGGAGUUCCUGUACUGCGAAGACCAGAGGCUCGCGCUGGAGGCUCUCCUCCGGGAUGGUCGCGAGGCGUUUGCGAAGUUCUUGGAAACUCGAGGUCUCCGGGACUUCCUCUCAGACCCGGAGCUGGACGCGCUCACGGGGUCCGUGGAGCCCUUUGACCCGGACCUGGACCUGUACCCGGAGGAUGCGGAGGACGACGAGCCCCCUCUGUCCCAGCAGUACUGGCCCGACCUGUCGGACACCUCCACCCCCAUGAUGGACCUGGGCUGGCCGGACACAGAGUCCUACAGGGGGGUGACGCGCACCACAGUUUACGCACAGCCACCUCUGGAGGGUCAGACGCACAUCAAGGAGAGAGUCAGGAAGAUGAUUGCGCAGGCGCAGAAGGUCAUUGCGGUGGUGAUGGAUGUCUUCACGGACGUAGACAUCUUCAGAGACAUGCUGGACGUUAGCUUUAAGAAAAAGGUGGCCGUCUACAUCCUGCUGGAACAUGCAUCACUACCUCACUUCCUGUCGAUGUGCCGCAGGGCUAACAUGCACGCCGGACACCUCAAGCACCUUCGUGUACGCUGCGGAAACGGAGCCGAGUUCCACACCCGGUCCUCGAAGAGGGUCAGGGGACAAAUGGGACACCGAUUCAUGUUCAUCGACGGGGACAAAGCUGUGUCUGGGUCGUACAGUUUCACCUGGAUGUCGGCCCGCCUCCACAAAAACCUCAUCACCGUGGUAACAGGCCAAGCAGUAGACGCCUUCGAUCGGCUGUUUCGCACCCUCUACUCAUACUCCACCUCGGUUGACCUCCGAAAGGUCGCUACAGAACCUGAACCUGAACCAGAGCCCAUCAAAAAGCCGGUCCCGGUGGCCCCUCCUUCUGCUGCUAUUGCAAGGAAACUGUACAACCCCAAAUACUCUCUGGUAGCUCUGGGGAACCCCGCAACAAGUCCCUCUGCAGACAAGACGCCGCAAGAGACUCCAGAGGAAUCCUUGAGUCCAGAGGACAAGAGGAGGCGGAGGAAGCAGAGUAAAGAAGCUCUUCAGGAGGGUCCUCCGCUCCACCCUGGACUGGUUGAUCUGGAGAAAGUAUGCUUGUUUGCGUACCUGCCCACCUGGCCAGAGCCGGAUCCUUCUAAAGAUGUCAUCGGGUUCAUUAACAUCCGGGACGCCAAAAAACCACAUCAGGCUCACCUGCAGAGGUCUGAGAUGUUUGAGACCAGCCAGGCUAUCAAGUUCAGUAGUCCAUUCAGCAUGCCGAAGGAAACGCUGCCUGAUGUCGCCAUGCCCCGACAGAGUCCUGCUAAACCUGGAGACAUCCACAAACUCCACGCUGCACAACACAAAACCAAGGCCGGGGAAUCCAGGACAGACGGACUGUCCUCCAACGGAGGGCCUGAAAUCAAAAGCAAAGUGGGAGCAGCUUCACAGAACUCACCAAAGUGUGAGUCUAACAAAGAUACAGCUAAGACUCCUCUGGGUUCACCGACCAACCAGAGCUCAGGGCACAACAACACACACACAGAUCCACAAUCUAGUCCCAAAACAUCCAUCCCCAACCCCUGGAUGAACAGAUACAAAUCUCAAAUUGUCACCAAAAAUAGUCCCACGUCUGACUUCUUCCCUGGAUCAAACACCCAAACAGAAACUACUUUAAACACACACGGUACACAAACCUCACACACACAGAAACAGACUGUGGCUCCACAUUUAGAUUCACACACACAGUCACAGAACUCCUCCAAAAUAACUCCUCACAUCCCGACUCCCACCGCCAAAGACCACGUGUCCUCCUCUGCCUCUCCUCCGUCUGAAAAUAACAAGGCUUCUUCUUCUUCUCCUUCUUCUGUGCCUCAACUUACCUCUUCUUCUCCACCCCUCCCUACUUCCUCAGAAGCCUCCUCUUUACCCUCCUCCACGCCUCCCAUUCCUAAACCUCGGACUAUCCAACUGCUUUUAAAAGACGGCAUCACCAGCGAUGGCAAGAAGCUGCUGGAAACAAACACUGCAGAGAAAUCUGAGACAAACACACGGCCGCCGCCAGUGCUCCAAAACCAGUCUGCCGUGGUGCAAACACCGCCAGAAAAACAGGCUGAGAUGCAGAAAAACAGCACAAGUGUUUCAGGAAUACACUCAGUAAAUAUUCAAGACUCUCCUCAGCCAAAAGAGGAUGGGACCUCCCAGAAGAUGAGGAAUAAGGAGGUCGAAGCAAACGUAGAAGCACUGCCAAAGAGUGUGAAUCAUCAAGGAAACACGCCAAACAAGACUCUGACGUCGACAGAGAGCAAAUUAACUCAACAGAUAGACGCAAAACAAGAGCUCAGGGCCCCAGGACAAAAUGUACCUUGCAGUGAGGUCGCUAAAACGCCGAAAAGUACGACACAUCGCGUCACAAACAGUGAGAAAGCGCCUGAAAUACAGAAUAUAUCAGAUAGGGAGUCAGUGCAGAAUAAUCCUCAAUCUACGUGCACGCAAAACAACACACAUAGCAACUCUGAGGAACUUUCCCCUAAGUCACGGGAAGGCAAACACACGCCGGAGAAGCCCCUUCAAUUACCGCUCUCAGACUCACACACGGCGGACCUUCGUUCCCCAGACAAAGAACCACGAUUGCUAACAGCUCAGACACGCACGCCUACUCCGGACAGACUCCCCUCGCCAGAUUUGCAAACCCUCACCCCCGAUGUUAGCGACGGGUACACCUCUGGGAUAGAGGACUCCAACCUCUCCACCACCUCAGAGGAGUACUACGAGUGCUGUGGAUCCCCGUGUCUCCUUGAGUCGGCUUUGGAUGCAGCGGCUAACCCAAACCAAGGGACGGCGGAGGAUCACGUUAGCUUUGCACUCACGAGUUCUCCUAACGCCGUCAGAAGCGUGAAGAAAAUCACAAGCAGUGACGCCUCUUCUUCUUCUUCUACUCCAAAGAAAAAGGCAGAGAGAAAAGAAGGAGAUUCUGCAGGGAGUGGUGUGAAAGAGUCAAAAGAGAGGGUGGAGAAAAAGAAGGAGGCCCUCACGCAACUCCCCAAGAAGAAAAAGGUGCCGAAUCAAUCCGCCGCCGCAGACGGAGGAGGGACUCCUGGAUUGUCCACAGGUGACCCCAAAGCGAAGACGGUGUCCCCCGGGAAGGAGGGAGCGGACAAAGAGAAGGGAGCCGGCGUUGUAGUGAGGAGAGAAAAGCCCAACAAAGAGGCGGAGGGGCAGAAGUUCGUGCAAACUCCUAAUCCUCCUGCAGGGCCCUCCAGAUACUCUCGACCCCUCUCAGGACAGUUUUCGGGGCCUCGUCCUUGGGGUAGCAUUUUCCUCAACAAAACAGACACCACAUUGCAUCAUGGGAGUCUGCAGGUCUUGGAUAACUCGUAUGCUCGCAAGCCGCUAACACAACCACAUCAUCAUGCGGCAGGAGGCGGCGUCCGGUCUGCGGGCGCACGAGGGCACACCAACAUGUCCCGCAGCCAGCAGAGCCUCCUCUCAGACGGUCUGAAACACCGGGUCUCACUUCUACACUCUCACUCCAACUCACAGCCUCAGCUCAGCCCUCCGCCGCAGGACCUCUCAUCAAACCGCAAGGUGGAAGGACGAGGUCCGUUCAGCUUGACGUUCAGCAAGCUGUACAGCCUCAAGGACCUGAAGGACAAGAUGAGCAAGCUGCCGGCGCCGGGCAGGAAGAGCAGCACCAGCUCGCCGCUGCAGGAGCGCAAGAGCACAAGCUAGCCUGGAGCGUCAGUCCAUCUCAGUGUCAGAGUCUGAUCUUACUGCAACUCAUCAAGACGAAGGGGAGUCAGUGCAGAAACACACUUAAACUGUCCCUGAAUGCACCGUGAAAGAAACGCCAAAAAGACUCUUCCUCCUUAGGAUUACCUCUCUCUCUCUCUCUCAGGGUUUCACUUAUUAUUUGGUCUUCCUCUCCUGCUCCUCAUCAAAUGGACGUUCAACAUUUUCUCCAUGUGCACGUUUUGAAUGCACGUUAAACAGAUUGUAAACCUGCUGUUCUGCCUCUCUCUUCCUCUCACUUCUGAAGCUUGGAGUUCAAAUCGCUGCAACACUUUUAAGAUAAGUUUGAAAUGUCGUCGACCUCUGGUGCUAUCCAAGACCUGAGCCACAGCUGCCUUUUUUAAAAUGACCACAGCAGUCAGCAGGUUGUUUGGGUUUCCUCUCCGCUGGGUUUUUGGUUUCAGGGAAAUAUUGUGUAAAAAAAAAAAGUAACUUAAGUUAGGUUUGUAAAUGACGUGUUGAAUGUUUUAUGACGUGUAGUAAUAAAAGUAUUUUAAAGUAA